AUGAGCAGAAUACUCCCUGCGUGUGUGAUAGCCAUUUCGUUCCUCCUGUCAAACAUAAAAUGUUUCACGACGGGCGUCUACGGCGGAAGUGGUCUUCAUAACUGUUCCAGCGUUUUCUGCUCCUACGAUAAAUUAUCAAAUAUUUACGACAAUUCUAAGUUUAUCUUGGCGGAGCUGGAAAGCAUUUUGUACGAUGUGCGGGAUGAGAAAAAUGCGCAUCAGUCAGAACACGAGCGUGAGAAAUCACUAAAUCUCGAAAUAAAAUUCCCCAAUCAUAAGGAUCCCGAGGAUUUGUCAUACUUAUAUCCAGACGAGGAGUACGAAAAUGAAAGCAGCUUUGGUGAACCCGUUCCGUACAUUAUCAUUAGCAGGAUGGACGAUGACGACCUCGAAAAGUCCAUACUAAGUAAGACCCCGGGGCGGAUAGACGACUCGGAAAAUAGGGAUCUAACGAACGAAGAACAGAUGGACAUGGCCUUCUCAAGAAUACGUGAUCUUGAACAACAACAGAAGCGCUUUUCGCAGGAGAAGAGGUCAGUUCAGGAUAGGAAAAAUAGAGAAAAGCGCAAAUAUAAUCUUGUCACACUUCUGCACAUGCGCAACAUCGCUGUGACAGCACAAUUUAAAAUACACACCUUUUUCCUCUUUAACCGAUUAUCGCAUUAA